GAUGCACAGAAAGUCAACAAAAGGCUUCCUUUUUAUUGAGCUCAUACUCAUGAAUUAGCCAUGCAAAAUGGUUUAGAUUUUGCAUCAUGCUUAUAUAAGUAACCAAGAUUCCUCGACGUUUUACAUUCCUGCAAUCAGUCGUGCCUUCGUGGAGUUUUAGAGCAAACUAACAUCACAUUCAUUCAGUGCCCGGUAACGACAGAGUCAACUUCGUUGUAUUACAUUGUGUAUAUCGUACGUUCAGAACACAAAGUCAACGUGCAAACUGAAACAUCAUGUCUUCAUUCGGCUUCAACCCCACCAUUUUCGACGUAGAAAACUCCUCAAAUUCUCAGAAUGCUGGUCUUCAGACAAGAAAAAUGAAGAGAGAAGACGCCGGACGAGGAAAUGGUCCCCAAGCCUGCAAAAGGGCCGCUCUGGGAACGCUGAGCACAAAUGUGACGAGGAAACAGCCAUCCCGCGCUGCCAAACAGGUUGUGUCAAGUGAUGGCUUCUACAAUUGCCAGGAUGAAAAUUCGUUUCCCCGUGCUCAGGCGGGAAAGUCAACGGGAGGUUCGUGGGGCAGCUUCGGGCUGCCACCGGCGAUGGUCGAGCCCAGCUUCAGCAUCCACGUCGACUCCGAACCCGCACCGUGCCAGACAAAGGUUUACAAAGAAAACGCAUCAUCAGAACCUCCCCUUAGUCAUCUAGUUACUUCGUUGCAAGUGGAAAGAAGACCCCUAGAAUGUGUUUUCACGAGUCUAAACGAGAGUGCCUCGCCUAUGGUCCUCGACACAUCGAUACAGGAGGAAGAGAGCAUAACAUCAACAGAAACAGAAGAUUUUGACAACUCAAGUGAUAUUUUUGGUGUAAAAGAGUAUGCUGAAGACAUCUAUGAAUACCUCAGAGAGGCAGAGCUGAGGAACAGGCCCAAGCCAGGCUACAUGCGCAAGCAGCCCGACAUCACCCCAGGCAUGAGAAGCAUUCUUAUUGACUGGCUGAUAGAGGUAGGGGAGGAGUACAGACUACACAACGAGACCCUAUACCUCGCCGUGUCUUACAUCGACAGGUUCCUAUCCCAGAUGAGUGUGCUGAGAUCGAAACUUCAGCUUGUGGGAGCUGCUAGCAUGUUUUUGGCUGCCAAAUUUGAAGAAAUCUACCCACCGGAGGUUAAUGAGUUUGUCUACAUCACUGAUGACACAUACACCGUAAAGCAAGUCCUUCGUAUGGAGCACCUCAUUCUCAAGGUCUUAUCAUUUGAUGUUGCUGUGCCUACCGCCAAUGUGUUCAUUUCACGCUACUUGCAGUCCGUCAAAGCCGACUCCAGAACGGAACAUCUAUCGAGGUUUUUGGCGGAGUUGACGUUGCAAGACCACGAAUUCAUCAAGUACAUUCCAUCAACUAUUGCUGCAGCUGCUGUAUUCCUCGCCAACUUCACUCUCUCUGGACAGAAUUGGACGGCGCAACUUCAGAAAGGCUCUGGGUAUAGCCUACAAGACAUCAUGCCUUGUGCAAUAGAUCUUCUAAAGGCCUUCACAGACGCACCCAGCCAAAAUCAACAGGCCGUCAGAGAGAAGUACAAGUCCCAAAGAUACAACAGUGUGUCAUUGAUUCUUGCUCCUACUGCACUGCCAUCUUGGUGAGGAGGCCCUUAGCCAAUGACGGCAAGUCUUUUAUCUUCACUGCCCGUGUUGCCAUAGAGACAGUAAGCAUCAUAAACAAUCAACGUUAUGUGAAAUUAUAUACGUUACUGGGCCCCGUCCCUUAAUGGCCCCUAACAAUGGACAGACUACUGAGCGGCUCCAGCAUUGUGCAUGCUUCAGGUUAAUGAAUGCUCAGGAAAGUAAUUAUCCAUGUGUCGGGGCCAUCCCAAUUGUCCUGAGACGUUUCAGUUGUUAUCUCGCAGCUCAUUUGGGAUGUUCUUUUUAAAAUGUUGUACAGGUUCACUUUGAACUCUUUAUGGUUUUUAUAAAAACAAUUUUUAGAACCAUUCGGCGAAGUUUUUAAAAAUCAAUUCUCACCAAGUGCAAUUGAUUGUCUGUCGAGGGUUCUGUUGCCAGUAGUUACAAUCAACGCUUUAUCUCGCCUUAACUUGGUGAGAAAAACCUUGACAGAAUUUAUAAGAAGCGUUGAUUGUAUCCACAAGACGGUCCUUUUGUAAAUAGUCUUAUAAGCAGCUACUCCCAUCAUGCUUUGCUUUUCAGAGAAAAUAAAUUUUACCGUUUGUAGCACCGAGAGAAGAUUUUUAAAAGGGCGCAUCAACCAUGUCUAAAAGUUUUAACGGGUAAUUAGGAGGGAAGCUUUUUUACUUGCAUCAUUGUAAGUUUGACAAAGUAGUAGUAAGAAUCAAAUGUUUUUUAACCAAUUGAACUUUGAAAUAUGUGUUUUAUUCAAGCUUGGAGGGAAGACGAUGGCAGAAGGGUUAUUACAAAUUGACAAGUUGUUUGGUCAGAGCAGAUACAACCAAAAACAAUUGACUGUUCUGCUGGAAAGUGAAUAGUCGAUGUUUCCAAACAGACUUGUCAACCAUUUUGAAAGUUUCUGAUGUUCUAGAAGUCAAAAAUUUCACAAUUUUUUAUUCCACAUAAAAUCCUUUUUAAUCAUCUGCUCUGACCCAACAAUGUAAAUAAAUGUAUCAAAUGCCAAAUAUUAAUUUAUUUUGUCAUUAAUUUCAACAAGUGCAAACAUUUGGGUUAUUUGGUAAAGUUUGUAUCACUUUAUAGACUUUGCGUUUCAUAGACAUUAUUUUAAGUUGGACAACAUCACUCAAGUUAGACGAUCAAACAAGACAUUUGUAACAGUAACUGGCCUCCUAACAGUUUAUUUUAAAAAUUAAUUUAACAAUCUCACAACAAACUGUAUAUUAUUUUUCUUUUGUACAAACAAAUAUGUGGAUUUUAAAAUUAUUUCUUUUAUUUAUCAGUACUUGAUUUUGACAUUUUCAUGAAGCCUUGAUAGUAAUUGAUUGGUGAACAGUUAAAGGAACAUGUUGCCUUGGAUUGGUCCAGUUGGUCUUUAAAAAGUGUCUGUAACCGUUUGUUAUA